GAAUCCAUGGGAUUUGCGUAAGGAGAAAGAUUCGGGUCGGGAAUCUAUAAUUUUACUACCGCGCGCGCGUGUUCCCACUUCCCUGCGCUGCAGCACAGCAUUGGCUAUUGGGCCUUGGCCCAAUCGCCAGUCUCCCAACCCAAAGGCCCAAUAGCCACUCUCCCAACCCAACCCAACCUAUCUUCUCUCAUCCACAUGCUUCUUCUUCCCCAUUUUUUUUUUCUUUUUUCUAUUAUUAAUUUAAUAUUCAUGAAUCCCAAAUUUCGUCCUUUAUAAAUCCACCGCUCCAGUCUUCCACCUCCAUUCUCAAUCCUUCAUCCUCCCCUCUCCUUUCUCAUCCCACAAACAGGGAAAACCCAAGAUUCAGCUAUGACUACUCCCCUCAGAUCCUCUCCGACCAUGGCGGUUGCCGCCGCCGGUUUAUUGCUACUUUUCGCAGUUGCAUCGUCGGCGCUGGACAUGUCGAUCAUCAGCUACGACGAGAGCCACGGGGAGCGCUCCAGCUGGCGCACCGACCAGGAGGUCAUGGCGAUGUACGAGUCGUGGCUCGUGCAGCACGGGAAAGCUUACAACGCCUUGGGCGAGAAGGACAGGAGGUUCCAGAUCUUCAAGGACAACCUUCGCUUCAUCGACGAGCACAACGCCGAGAGUCGAACCUACAAGGUCGGCCUGAACCGAUUCGCUGACCUCACCAACGACGAGUACCGGUCCAUGUACCUUGGUGCGAAGGCCGGCUUGAAGCGCCGGCUGUCGAAGCCUAGAAGCGAUCGGUACGCUUUCCGCGCCGGCGAUUCGUUGCCGGAUUCCGUUGACUGGAGGAAGAAAGGAGCCGUCGUCGACGUCAAAGAUCAGGGUAGCUGUGGGAGUUGCUGGGCAUUCUCAACAAUAGCAGCUGUGGAAGGGAUAAACAAGAUAGUGACGGGUGAUCUGAUCUCACUCUCUGAGCAGGAACUGGUGGAUUGUGACAGAUCUUUUAAUGAAGGCUGCAGUGGUGGUCUGAUGGACUAUGCUUUCGAAUUCAUUAUCAACAAUGGUGGAAUUGACUCGGAGGAAGAUUAUCCUUACAAUGCUUUUGAUAACGUCUGCGAUCAGUUCAGGAAAAAUGCCAAGGUUGUUACUAUUGAUGAUUAUGAAGAUGUUCCCGAGAAUGAUGAGAAGGCACUGAAAAAGGCAGUGGCUAAUCAACCAGUGAGUGUUGCCAUUGAAGCAGGUGGCAGAGCUUUCCAAUUGUACCAAUCUGGUGUAUUCUCUGGACUCUGUGGGACGUCACUGGACCACGGUGUGACUGCUGUUGGUUAUGGCACUGAAAAUGGUACGGAUUACUGGCUUAUUAAGAACUCGUGGGGUGCCAGCUGGGGAGAGCAGGGUUACAUAAAGAUGGAGCGUAAUCUGGGUAGUGCUGCCACUGGCAAGUGUGGAAUUGCUAUGGAGGCCUCCUACCCUAUCAAGAAGGGCCCAAAUCCUCCCAACCCCGGCCCUUCUCCCCCAUCUCCCAUAAGGCCACCCGUUGUUUGUGACAGCUACUACUCCUGCCCUCAGAGCAGUACCUGCUGCUGUGUCUAUGAUUUUGGUAACUAUUGCUUUGCAUGGGGAUGCUGCCCGCUUGAGUCUGCCACCUGUUGCGAUGACCAUUAUAGUUGCUGCCCCCAUGAGUAUCCCGUCUGUAAUGUUGAUGCAGGGACCUGCUUAACGAACAAGAACAGCCCAUUUGGAGUUAAAGCAAUGAGGCGCGCCCCUGCUAAACCUUACUGGGCAUAUGGGAACAGUGGCAAGAGCAGCGCUUAAAGAACCUACCUACUUUUGAAGCACUUGACUAGUGUGGGAGAACAGAAGAGACAACAGAGGAGUAAAGGAUUAUGCUUGUGCUUGAUGAUCGCCUUCUUGGUUUUAUUCUCUUACUGCAUCCCCGCACUCAUACCAUUAGUAUUACAAGCAAAUGGAUUGCCUGUGAAAGAUUUAUUCAGAUGAUUUGUGUAUAUAUAAUGGUUUAUGGCUUCUUGGUUGCAUUUGAACAAUAAACAUAGAUCGUAUUGAGUUUCAAAUUGCUCUGUAAAUCCAUUCACAAUUGGCAGGCCUCAAGAACUAGUUUAUCUCAAUGGUCUGCAUGUAGUUCAUUUGUCAAGGAUAAUUUAAUAUUUCCGACUCCUUCAAUACCCA